AUGUCGAGUGAGCAAACAAUUCGUGAAGAAAGUUCGCAGAGUCCAUCAACGGACCAAGGCAACGUCCAAUCGACGGUCCGUAUGGAUGAAGAGAGCGGAGACAACUUUGUCAAUUUGCUGCCGACUCUAAAACGGUGUGUGGACGGCCUUUGCAGGACAAUUGAGUGGAUUACAAGAGUGACGGGUCGUAACUACUUGAAAGACAACGCAAGGAUCCAAGUUAUCUCCUUUCUUCUCGAUAAUGGACCACUUCUCAAUAUUUUGGGUGAAGUCAACCCAACUGUUGAAGGCACUUGUAAUCGUCUAAGAGCUUGCAUUGGCCACAUUGGUUACCUGAACAGAACCUUAUGUGCUUAUGAUAAAUUCGUGGCGAAACUAGAAAAUGGUCAAAGGACUAUACAGUCUGCUUCGUCUACCCUCCACGCCAAGAAGGCUUUCCUCAUUUUCUGCCUCAAAUAUGUUCGCGCGAUUCAAGCUAUUGCUCCAUAUCAUGAGUCGGCACGGUUUGCUAUACGUGCUUGCCGUCGACUGAGGAGAGAAUGGAUUGACAAUGCGCUCAACAAGGGCAUAAGACCUGAGGUGUUGGAAUCUUUGCAGUAUUUGAUAAAUGUCAAGGCAGCGCUUCCAAUGGACCUGCGGAAAACUGGCGAGCACAUAAAAUCAAACACCCCUCCAGAACACAUGUGCUCACUGGCUCUUGAGACAAUCAAUGUCUACUAUCCUGCAGAUCAAUGGCUCCAAGUCUUCACUCAUGGGUCAUACACAGAAAACCAAACAAACGUUGUUGCAGGUAUCUACUCUGAACAUUCCUCUUUCUACGCAGAAGCGGGGCACAAAAGAUCCGCUUUCGAUGGAGAAACAGAGGCCGUUAGGAUACCGACUGGCCGAGAAUCGAAGCCGUUGCUGGGUUUAGACUACGUACCGGACAUGAUUGUCUGGCAAUACAUCUUCACAGAUUGGGAGCAUACACUCAUCUCACAUGCCCCCUAUGUACCCUACAGGAGGAAAUGGUGA